AUGGUGACUGAGCACCGCGACGCGAGGGGCUCCUGGCGGCCCACGGCUCAGCAGGAGCGGCCGCGCUCUCGUUCUCGGCGUGUCUCUCUCCGGGCCUUCGUGCCUCUGCCGUGUUGUCAGUACCCAGAUGGCAUCUUCUACGACUUGGACAGCUGCAAGCACCCCGGCUACUCGGACUCAGAGGGGGCUCCUGACUCCCUGUGGGGCUGGACGGAGGUCCCGGCUGUGCCCGCCACCUCCUACGAAGCCUUCGACCCAGCUGCGGCCACCUUCAGCCACCCCCAGGACGCCCAGCUCUGUUAUGGGCCCUCCUCCACCUACAGCCCCGUGGGCAGCCUCAACCCAGCCGCCAGCCUCGAGGCCCCGGCGCCUGGCUUCCCAGCAUACCCCACGGAGGACUUCGCCUGCCAGACCCUGGGCCCCCCGGCGUACGCCCCGUACCCCAGCCCCGUGCUGUCGGAAGAGGAGGACCUCUUGCUGGACAACCCCGCCCUGGAGGUCUCGGACAGCGAGUCGGAUGAGGCCCUCGGCUUCUCCUCCAAGCACCAGGAGCUGCUGGCGCGCCGCUGGGGCCAGCAGAAGGGCAACCGCAAGCGCAUGACCUACCAGAAGCUGGCCCGCGCCCUGCGCAACUACGCCAAGACCGGCGAGAUCCGCAAGGUCAAGCGCAAGCUCACCUACCAGUUUGACAUUGCGCUGCUGCCGGCCGCCCGCCGGGCCUGAGCCGGGGCGCUCUCGGGGGGGCUCUCAGGGGCUCACCAGGCCGGUGUCACGUUGCUGUCCCCUCACCCUAGGUCAUAGGACCCGUGGAUCCCCCACACUGUGGGGGUGGGGGGCUGCCAUAAUCCCUAAGCCCUGCCCAGGGCCCCUCUGGGAUUCCCGCGUCUCGUCCAGGGUCCCCAGGAUCUUCAUGGCUUGGGUCGCAGGACUAUGUGUCUGUGUGGAGUGGGGCGGGCCGGUGCUUCCAGAACCCCGCGGGCUUCCCUGGGAUCCCCAGCCAGGCUGGGGGGCCGUCUGUGAUCCCACAAUCCCAUGGCGGGGCGCGGGUGAGCCCACAGAUCUUCACACCAGGACGGGGAGCUGCCUGCAGCCCUAGGCCCCGUCCAAGGUCUGGGGAACCUCUGCUUCUGUGAGUCCCUCCUGUCAGAUCUGACAUCUCCUAGUUAUGCCUGAGCCCCCCCCACCCCUGGGAUCCCUUAACCAUAGCUCAGACCUCUGUGCCCAGCUGUGACUCUGUCCUAUCUGUCCCCCCAAAUCCCUCGGUCAUCUUUGGGAUCCCCUAGUUCUUGGAACCGCCCUGCUACCACUUUUUUUGUGUGUCUGGAAUUCUCCAGUCACAGCUGGGGAGGCUCAGGGAUCCUUCCAUCAUGUCUGAAAAUACUUGUCAGGUUUUGGGGGGGCGCACCUCAUUGAACCUUGUCAUGUCUGGGCCACCUCUGCCUGGGAUUCUCCAACCAUAUCCGUGCCCCUGGCUGGGAUUUCUACCUGACAUCUCCCUAUGGGGACCCCACUAGCAGCUGAGUCGUCAUGGGAACCCUCCCGCUCCUGGGGUGUCCCCUGUAGUCACAUUCUGCGAGUCAUUCUGGCCACUGAGCUGAUUUCUGGGUGAUCUUGGCAGCCCCCCACAUCAUUUCUAACUGAUGACAGACUCCUUACCCCACACCCAGGGGGCAAGUCAGGUCCCCCUCCCCCGCCCCUCCCCCCUGAGGGGUUUUCUUUAAUUCAGGGUCACAGUUUUGUUUGUUUUUGGAGGGGCAUCCAACAAUGGAGGGAGAUUUUGCAAAAUCCUUCUCUUAAAACGUUGCACAAUCCAGCGACCAGCUUUGGGGUGUGGCGGCUGGAGCAAGGCGGUGCUCCCUCGUGCUCCCCCCCCCAGCUCCCCAUGGGCCCCUGUUCGCCACCAACCCCCUUGGCUGUCAUACCCCGGUGGCUUCUCUCAGUUGCCUUGACCCUCGGCCACCUGCACUUUGACCCCUGGGUGAACCCAGCUGGGGUGAAGCCUGGAUGGGCCAUG